AGCCAUGCUUAGGCUCCGCUUCCUCACGUGGGACGUGAAGGACACGCUGCUGCGGCUGCGGCAGCCGGUGGGCGAGCGCUACGCAGCCGAGGCCCGGGCCCACGGGGUGUGGGUGCAGCCGGAGGCGCUCGGUCGGUCGUUCGGAGAGGCGUACGAUGCCCAGAGCCGGCACUUCCCCAACUACGGCCGGGGCCAGGGGCUCAGCUCCCGGCAGUGGUGGGUUGACGUUGUGAAGCAGACCUUCAGGCUCUCGGGAGUGCGCGAAGACGGAAUCCUAACACUGAUGGCGGAAAACCUCUACCGUGACUUCUGCAGCGCCGGUAACUGGGAGGUGCUGCCGGGAGCCAGCGAGACCCUGAGCCAGUGCUGCCAGCGCGGCUUCCGCAUGGCUGUCGUCUCCAACUUCGAUAACCGGCUGGAAAACGUCCUCUCCCAAUGCAACCUGCGGCACCACUUCGAAUUUGUCCUCACCUCGGAAGAUGCGGGCUUCGCCAAGCCGGACGGGAGGAUUUUUGAGCAGGCCCUGCGCCUCAGCGGGGUCCCCCCAGAGCAGGCAGCUCACGUGGGAGACGACUAUACCCGGGAUUACCGGGCAGCCCGAGCCGUGGGGAUGCACAGCUUUCUGCUCCGGGCGGCCGGACAGGACAAGGAGCCCGAGGUGCCCCCUGAACACCUCCUGCCCACCCUCAGCCACCUCCUGGCUCUGAUUGAGAAGGGAUAGCUGCGUUUCGGAGGAGGAGCAGCACUGAUUCUGAGCAGUGAAACCAGUCCUGGCGUGGGAUUUCUUGCUGCUGGCUGGGGAGGGAAAAGAAGCGAGUGCUUCUGAGCACAGGGAGCAGUGCUGCCUGUGGAGCAGGAGGGGUGUUAAUGAAAUAAAACAUAUCUGAUGCUCA